UACUCAAUCCGCUGAUUCACGGGAUUUGGUAAAUCCGGGAUUUAAGACCGAAAUCUUUGAAAUCCAGAUUUAUCAAAUCCGAGGCUUUAUCUUAUCCCAAAUGACCGUCUGGCAAGAUUUAACUUAAAUCCAGCUUCAAUCCUGCUCUAAAUCCGUUACCAGACAUGCCCUAAAAGUUUCCGGGUCCUAAAUUGUCACUUGUAUAGACUAUGAUACUAAAACGAGCUCUUAUAAAAGCAGCCUCAAAUACAAAAUAUAAUGCAAGAAACACAACCUGUAGUGCAAGCUCUAGCUGCCACACAUUGUAAUGAGGACAGUGCUAACCAUCAAUUGCCAUCGAAGCGAAAGACACGUCUUCAUCCACAAUCAAAGCAAGGCAAUGUCAGUCUUCAGAUCACCCCAAGUUCCCGUUGUACUCGAUCUCAAGUCGCUCCUGAUUGGACAUUGCAGGAAGUACUCGUUCUUCUUAGUGAAAUUGUCGCCAUAGAUGAGGUCUGGCUUAAAGAAUUAUCAUCCUAUCAACGAUGGAAGAUGAUAUCGGACAACUGCUUGGCCAUGAAUGUUGUCAGGUCCUCAAACCAGUGCAAAAGAAAGUGGGAAAUGUUGCUCGCUGAUUACAAGAAAAUCUUGAAUUGGGAACUGCUGUCGAGGGAAGAGUCCUAUUGGUCUCUUCCAGAGGAGAGAAAGAAGGACUAUGGGCUUCCAGUUUCGUUUCAGAAAGAGGUCUUUGAUGCAAUGGAUGCUGUUAUUCAGGUACAACAACAACAGUCUGACUCGAAUAAUAGUGAUCCCGAGCAAAUAUAUAGUGUUGCGGAGCUUGAAAGAUCCACAAUGAAUGCUGACUCAGAAAUUUCCAUGCUAUAUCUGCCCAGCUCACUUCACGAAGUGCAAGUGGUCACUUCAAUGAGUCCUAAAGUAAAUGAGUCAACUUUGAAGCGCCCAGAGAAAGCCCUUGUAUUAGCAGGGGAUAAGUUGAUUACCAGUUUGAACAGCCCCAAAGUGGGAGAUCUGAUCACAGUUUCAAAGAGCUCUACAGAGAGACAUGAAAUGGAAGAGCUGAGCACAGCUUCAAAGAACCCAGAAGAGAGACCAGACGUGGAAGAGCUGAUCACAAUGUCCAAAAGUUCAGAAGUAGAAGAGCCACUCACAACUUUAAAUAGCUCUGAACAGAGGGUAGAAGUGGAAGAGCUGAACUCAACUUCGAAGAGUGUUGAAGAGAGAGCCGGAGUGGAAGUGCUGGUUAAAGCUUCAAAGAACGGAGAAGUGGAAGGCUUAAUCACAGCUUCAAAGAGCCCAGUAUUGGAAGAGUUGAUUACAGUUCCCGUAGAGGAAGACUAUAUCAACACUUCAAAGAGCUCAGAAGUGGAUGAGUUGAUCACAACCUCUAAAAGCUCAGAGAAGGCCAGUGUAAUAACAGCUCUUGAACAGGAAGAACUGAUCACUACUCCAAAUAGCUCAGAGAAGGCCUGUUUAAUAAAGGCUAAGCUACAGGAGAAUGCAGAGCAUAUCUGUGCCAUAUUGAGAGCCGAAUUGCAGACAGAAUCUUUGAACCCAAGUGCUGAAGAGAGACAGUUCGCAGAGACACAGUUCACUCGGCGUACAGCUGACGAGGUAAUCAAGUCCCUUUCAGAGCUCACGAACUCUCUAGACGAACUAUACGACCACAUGGGUGGGCCCAAAUGCGCCGGAAUCAUGCCCGUCGACUCCAUGGCCUGAAGAAUAUAUCCCAAAUUGGUCCCCCGGUUACUCGGUUGUGACCGAUUCAGUUCGAGUUUUGCAGUGUGCCAACUUAGUUUUUGGGUUAUUAAAAUUGAUGCCAGUUGAUAUAUCGUGUAGAAAUCAAAAUGAUCUCAAUUUAGCCCCUCAGCUAUACAGAUUGAUCCCAAUUGAUCAAUUGUGUAGAUAUCAUGACACAAGAAUGGUUUCAAUUUAGUCCCUCCGCCACACAAAUUUGAUCUCAAUUUACUCUCAGAAGGUCCAUUUGGGAUCAAUUUUUUGGGGUAAAUUGGAGCAAUACAAAACUUUGGGACUAAAUUCGUCACACCUAAAUAGUCGGGGACCAUUCUGGGGUUUAAAUUGUUUGUUGCUUGCUAUCUGAAAUUAGGAGCAGUUUCUCAGAUAGUUGAUAAGGCUUUAUUUGUAUGGCUUAGGGGAGGUUUUGUGCUUUAAUUUGUCUUGUUUUUAACUGUAUUGUUUUCUUUGUAAUGGAAGCCGGCAAUUGUAGUUUUCGCUAAUGUAGCAGCUUGCUUGUUCUGUU